UGCACUGUACAUCCUCUAAAAGUGAUUAUGUUGCUUCAGCGUCUAGCAGAUAAAACACAGAAUGACGUUGCUGCCAGCCUCUGCCUCUAAUAGCAAUUAGCCUGGCCACUGAUUACCUUAUCAAGCGGUUGAUGGGUGAUGUGCGUGCUUUUAUUUUGAAAAUUCUGACUCCCGCCACAGCAGCCUCGCGCCGCUGUGUCCCGGCCCCGCGGUUGGCGGGCUGUACGUCCAGCUUUCGCUCGCGCUGUUUUCGGCAGGGGGCGGGGUUUGUUUUUAGAGCGGACCUGAGAGACAAGAUGGCGACCGCAGGGUUUGCCGAACGUCGAGCCAGUCCGGCCGGCACCGUCGUAAACACGUCCCGGUCAGGGCCCGGCACCGCCAGGGCCGCCCGGUAUCGCUCAGGUUCCGGCCCGCCGGAGAAGUGCUUAGCUUGCUCAGAGAACCGGUCUGGGUCCGGCUCGGCCUGUUCCCGGUGCCUGGCCCGGAGAGUCCCGGGCAGAGAGGAGAGAAUCCGGAGAAGAAGUGACCCCGAGAGAGGCAGCAGUAGAGCGGGAAAGAGGGACAGCGAGAGCCGGAGAGAGGUCUUCAUCUGUCCAACCCUCCUCCCGAAGUCUGCAGACGGUACUUCAGGUCCAACAGGGAAACACAAGCUCCUGGUGUCUGACGACAGGGAUGAGAUGAGGAGGUGGAACUCUCUGAUGGGCAAAGACGAACCCGGAUCAGUCCGACGUGUUGUCGAGCCGGGAGUUCUGUCGGACUCGGAGAACGAGGAGCCAAUCAGCAGGAGGAUCAGGAACAUCUCUGCAUUCAUCAGGAAAACCAAAAACUCAUCUGCUGUCAGCAGUGGUUCUCAGAGGAGUCGUAGCUGCACCGAUUCAAUGGAGGACAGAGGACAAAAGAUGAAGGUCAUUGUCCCGCCUGUGGCCAUAAUGGAGCGGGUGGGAAUCAGCCACAGCUCGGCAGCUGGAAUCCUGCUGUCAUCUGAGAAUAGCCGCUCCAUCUCCGCUCCCAUCACCGCUCCCGACCGGAGGUUCACCUGGAGGGCGGUGCUGACAUCCUCGGCUCCUCUGAGUCUGCCGCCGCCCAGAGCCGAGCGCUCCAUCAGUCCAGAGAGCAACGACAGCAUCUCUGAGGAGCUCAACCACUUCAAGCCCAUCGUCUGCUCACCAUGCACCCCGCCCAAACGGCUGCCGGACGGCCGCCUGGUGGAGCCCACCAUCGUCAAGGCGACGCCUCGGAACCUGAGCCGCAGCCUGCAAAAGGCCACCAGUUAUGAGGCAAGUCCGGCCGUCCUGCAGAAGUGGAGGCAGAUCGAACUGGACCGACAGGGCCUAAAAGUCAAUUCCAGGGCCACUCUCACCAGUCCUGUCUCUGAGCUCGGCAAGACAAACGGAGGGGGCGGAGCCUCAAAGACGCGUCAGCAUCGAGCCGGCGUAGAGUUGUCAAACAGGAGGAGGCUGCUGUUCGAGCCUCCAGACAUGGACAACUUCCAGAAACAAUCCAUGAAGAUCCGGGUCCCUGCUGUCCGCUACAGCUGUGGCACCACCCUGAGAGGAUGUUCGGACUUUGAGCCAGGAGGCGGUAUGCCUGAGCCCUGCGGCGGGCCGGCGCCGUUCAGCCGGAAACACUCAUUCUCACCAUGCAAUAGCUCCAGAUUCCAGCCUGGAAAAUUUGUGCCAAAGGACACUUCAAGUCCCAGGAAGGAGUGGGACAGCACCAUCCACGACCAGUCUACCUCAAGGAGGGGCAAGAAGAGAAACCAGAAGACCAAACACCUGGAUCCAGCUCUGGAUCUGGACCUGAAGAGGAGGCGGCCAGGCCUCCAGCAGGAGGCGAUCCAACAGGAGCGACAGGACAGAGCAUUUGCCCUCAAACUGCAGAAACAGUUCAACCUAGAGAUCUGCAGGACCAGCCCCAACAGGUAUUUCCUGCGGUCCUGGAAGUCCACCCAGAACCGCAGGAGGCGGGGCCUGAGGACAUCCAGACGAAUCAGCAAGAAGGUCUGAAAUGGAGUCGGGCUCAGAUUCCAGUAACUCCGAUAUGCAAAGAGACCAAGGGAAAGUUUUUACAAGUUAAAUGUUUCUUCCAAACACCAGCAGAGCACCAAAAAUUAAUGGAGCUGCGAGCAGAUCCUGGACAGAACCUCCUGAUUGGACUUGGGGAUCAAUAAGUUUAGGUUCUUGAUUCCACAGAAACAGAACGGCUCUGAUGAUCAAUAAGCUGUUUUUAUCCAAUCAACCUGCCACCAUUGAUUACCGAUAAUCAGCCGAUCAGUUCUGGAGAUGCACCGAUUCAUGAGUGAAGGUACAGCAGGCCAAUAAAAUACUGACCUCCGUUUCAUUGUUACACCUGAAAGCAGGUGACAGUUUCUGUUGGCUUGCAGUAUCAUAUGACCCGCCUCCAUGUUUAUCUGUGAAGGUAUUGAUGAGUCAUUAUUUUAAGUUUACCCAUCUACAACCAAUCAGAACGCAGCUGAGACUGCUGCCUGUUCGGUGUGGGCGUGACGGGGUCAUAGCCUUGGUACGAACCCAAACCUGGUUCCGAUGCUGUGAUGAACACGGUGCAGUCUGCUGCAUGCCUGCCACCGCUGAAGUUUCUGUCAGGCUGCAGCUGGUGAAUCGGUGCAUCUCUAACACUUGAUAAAAUUCAUGAUUAACUGAAAGAAAUGAAAAAACUGCAUUUAAUGAAUUAGCUGCUCAGCAUCCUGGUCAGAAUGCUCCUUUCUGUACAUCAUGUAAAACAGCAGGAAUAAAUGUCAUAAAACAGGAAUGUGUCACCUGCAUACUGCUUUUGAUGGGUCAGCAAAAAUACAAAUUAAUGCAUAUAAUAAACUUCAUUUUUAUUUAAAAAAA